AUGUUACCGAAACGAGAAAAGCGAUGCCGAAGCUUCAACAAAGUCGAUCUUUGUCGGCCAAGUUCAUUAUCAAGAUCUGGCCGGAAAUGGUUCUCAGGCAAACGCUAUGCUGUAGCUGUAGAAGCUCAGAGUUGGAAAUGCUCAUGUAAACCCAAACCCGAGGUCUACUUUAUCGUACACAAGAUGACAUCCACCUGGACUCAGGCCAAUAUCGGCCGUGCCUGGGACACCCAGCCGCUCGACAAGUACGGCGACCCUGCCUGGUUCGCGCCCGAACACUUUACAUGGCUUGAGAAGACUUUGCGUCUCGACAAUGGCGAAGCGCUAGGUCGCAUAUGGACCUCUGGAACCGAGUUGGUCGACCGUGCUGAAGCAAUCGUGGACUCAUGCAACCCCGAGAUGGUACGCCAUGACUUGGCCGAGCCUGUCAACCGCUUCGGCCAAAAGGCUUGGUUCACCCCAGAGCACAACGCAUGGCUCGAGGAGGUCUACGGCUGGGAAGAGGGCAGUGUACUCCAGAACCUUUGGCAAGAAGAUGCAGAGUUGAUCGAACAGGUCGAAGAGCUAUUCUACCAGAUCCUCACAAGCUCCGACGAAGCGUUGGCCCUUGAACGCCAAUACGUGCGUGCGGAGAUUGAGCAGGCGAAGCAGCACCUUGCUGAGAAUAGUGGAGAUAUUGCUAGAGUGUGGCAAACUCUGGGAGCGUUGGUCGCGCAGCUGGGUGGUGCGGAAGAGGUGUAUGCGUCCAUUGAGCGCUACAAGGAGCGCUUGGAGGCGUUGGAGAGUCUUGGAUCGCCGGGGCGGACUUACCAGCUUGCGGUGAACGCUGGGUUGGCUUCGCCGAGGAGACAUCCGGAUCUUUUGGAGAGUGUACAGCAAGAUAUUUGA